AUGUAUAGAAUUUCACAAGGAAACAUUGGCGAAUCUUUAGCUGAUAAUAGCUUGAAUGGUAUAGACAACAAACGAUGGGUUUGGAUUUCACAUCCUGAAACUGCAUUCACGAAGGCUUGGAUAAAAGAGGAACUCGGUGAUGGUAAAUAUGUCAUCCGAUAUAACAAUUCUAGGGAUCAAAAAGUUGUUGGUCAUGACGAAAUCCAACCUCUUAAUCCUGGUCGAUUUGACCGAGUCAACGAUAUGGCUGAAUUGACGAAUUUGAAUGAACCCUCGGUCACCUACAAUCUUGAGCAGCGAUACCUUUCCGAUCAGAUUUACACGUAUUCAGGGUUGUUUUUGGUAGCUGUUAAUCCGUAUCGACGGUUGCCUAUCUAUGGCAAAGACAUGGUACAAUUGUACAAGGACAAAAGCCAAGAACGAAAGCUCCCCCAUGUUUUUGCGAUCGCUGACCUGGCUUACAAUAACCUGUUGGAAAACAAGGAAAACCAGUCCAUUCUAGUCACCGGUGAGUCUGGUGCUGGUAAGACGGAAAAUACCAAACGAAUUAUACAGUAUCUUGCUGCCGUCGCAAGCAAUCCAAACGUGGUAUUUGGAGAACAAUUAGAAGAGCAAAUUUUGAAAACGAACCCUGUCCUUGAAGCCUUUGGUAAUGCUAAAACAGUACGCAACAACAAUUCUUCUCGGUUCGGAAAAUUCAUUAAAGUCGAAUUCUCGGUCAGUGGUGAAAUUGCCAAUGCUUCCAUUGAAUGGUAUCUGCUCGAAAAAUCCCGUGUUGUUCAUCAAAGCUCGCAAGAACGUAACUAUCACAUUUUUUAUCAACUACUGAACGGUGCUGAUCCUGCUUUACGAAAAAAGCUCCUUCUUUCUAAUGAAUUUAAUGAUUAUGAAUACCUGAAGAAAUCAUCUCUUACUAUUCCCGGCAUCAAUGAUGCUGAAGAGUUUAAAGGAUUAUUGUCUUCUUUUAAAAUUUUGGGUUUUACCGAAAAAGAAAUUUUUUAUAUGUUCAGCAUAAUUUCUAUUAUUUUGCACAUAGGUAAUAUCCCUAUCGGCGCUGACCGUUCUGGCGUUGCCCGCCUCACAAAUAUGGAUGAUGUUGAUAAACUUUGCCAUCUUCUGGGUGUAUCUCCAGAAUUAUUUUCACAAAACCUUAUCCGUCCGCGUAUUCAUGCAGGUCAUGAAUGGGUGGUGAGUGCUCGAUCCCAAGAACAGGUAAUUUCUUCUAUAGAGGCAUUGGCCAAAGCAAUUUAUGAGAGAAAUUUUGGCUGGCUUGUUAAGCGUAUAAAUACCGCAAUAAGUCGGAACACCUCUUCUAACACUUUUAUUGGAAUUUUGGAUAUUGCAGGGUUUGAAAUUUUUGAGACGAACAGUUUUGAGCAAUUAUGCAUUAAUUAUACGAAUGAACGCUUACAGCAAUUUUUUAAUCAUCAUAUGUUUGUUUUGGAGCAGGAAGAAUAUAUGAGAGAAGAAAUUAAAUGGGACUUUGUUGACUUUGGCCAUGAUUUACAACCUACCAUUGACUUAAUUGAGAAGUCUAAUCCUAUCGGCAUUCUAUCUUGUCUUGAUGAAGAAUGCGUUAUGCCAAAAGCUACAGACACUACCUUUGUUUCCAAAUUGGAUGCGUUAUGGAGAGAUAAAUCCCAAAAAUAUAAACCAUUUAAGUUUGGUGGGUCUGGUUUUAUCCUGACGCAUUACGCGGCCGAUGUUCCUUAUUCAACAGAAGGUUGGUUAGAAAAGAAUAGUGACCCUCUGAAUGAAAAUAUCGCCAAGUUGUUAGCUCAGUCUACCAAUAAGCAUAUAUCUGAACUGUUCUCUGAUUACCGAGAGGUUGAGACGAAAACGGUGCGUGGACGCACUCGUAAAGCUCUAUUUCGAACUGUUGCCCAGAGGCACAAAGAACAGUUAAAUCAAUUAAUGAACCAAUUUAACACAACGCAACCUCAUUUCAUUAGGUGUAUCAUUCCCAAUGAAGAGAAAAAGAGCCAUUCCUUUAACAGAGCUCUGGUUUUAGACCAGUUACGAUGCAACGGUGUUUUGGAAGGGAUACGGAUUACUCGUGCUGGAUUCCCUAAUAGAAUGCCCUUUAAUGACUUUAGGCUUCGUUAUGAGAUGAUGGUUAAUCUUCCGAAAGAUAACUAUAUUGAAUCUCGGCGUGCUUCGCUUCUAAUACUUCAGCAAAUGGGCCUUUCAGAAGAUCAGUUUAGAAUCGGAGUUUCCAAGAUUUUCUUUAAGGCAGGAGUAUUAGCAAGUUUGGAAGAAAGAAGAUUACAUACUCUUCAGAGUAUUGUAAUUGCUUUGCAGGCUCGAAUCCGUGGUUUUGUUCAAAGAAGGAAAUUUCAAAAGCGUUUGAAGGAUAUAGAGUCUUUAAAGCAGAUACAGGCUAAUAUGUUUGUGUAUGACGAGCUUCGAAAACAUCCCUGGACGAAGUUAUAUUUUAAGUUAAGACCCAUGCUCAGUAGUACUCAUAAUGAUGAAAAGCUUAAACGUAAGGAUGCGGAAAUUAUAGAGCUGAAGUACGAAAUUAAGAAAAUUACAAAUGUCAAGGAGGGACUUGAAGCCAAGGUGAAUGAAUCAAAUAAAUCUUAUACUGCUUUAGAAAGUGCGCUUACCGGUGAACGAGCAAUUGCACUUGACAAGGAGGAAAUUCUCCGUCGUACUCAGGAAAGGUUAGCUUCUUUAGAAGAUUCAAAUGGAAUCUUGAAUGCCACUUAUAAAGAUAUGGAAGCUCGGUUGGCAGAUAUUUUGAAUGAGAAAGAAGUGGAAAACAAGCACAUUGAAGAGAUGACGGGUUCCCUCGAAUCCGUAUCGUUGGAAAACGAAAAAAGAAGAGAAUAUAAUGAAAAACUGCAAAAAGAGUUGAAUACCUGUCGAAUGGACGUUGAACAGAUCAGAUCUGCAUUAUCAGCUGCUAAAGUUGAAAUAGCUUCAUUAUCUAAAGAAAAGACAUCUAUCAAUCAAGAUUUAGGAAAACUGAGAGAAGAUGGAGAGAAGAAAAAACUUGAACUGUCUUCCUUGCUUGAGGAAAACUCUACUUUAAACCGUGAACUUCGGAGGUUUAAAGAGAUAAGUAAAUCAUUAGAAGAAAGACUAACAAAUGAAACGAAUAUGAUGAAAGAUAUUAACUCCUCUGUGAGAAAUAUGUCUUCUGAAUUGGAGCGAACCAAGAUUGAAAAAUCCGAAAUGGCUAAUGAUAUAUCAAUCGUGAAACAGAAGAAUCAAGAGCUUGACGUGCUAAAGGGAGUUCAGCAAAUGACGAUAGAGAAUUUCGAACAAAAGGUUGGCUAUCUUGAAGCUGAUGUUAAGCAAAUGUCUCUGUUGAAGAAAGAGCUCAGUGCUUUAACCGAAAAAGACAACUUAUAUGAAGUUCAGUCUUCUAGGAAUCAAGAACUUGAAGCAUCGGUAAAAACCCAUAUGCUUACAAUUAAAGACCUAGAAGGCAGCUUGAAAAAUGCCAACAGCAAGUUAAAGAAUUUACAGGAUUUUCCGUCGAAGUAUGAAAGUUUAAUUGGAAAAUCCGAAGAGCUACAGAGGAAAGUUCGACAGCUUGAAAGAUUUAAAUCCGAUUAUGAGCUUCAAAAUAAGGAACUUUUAAGCUUACGCAAGGUCGAAAGUGAUUAUCGUGAAUUGGUGCUUAAGUAUGAUAAAGUAACGAAAGAUACAGAACGAUUAGAAAAAAGCAGUUUUUCUACCAAUGAUCAAUAUCAAAAAUUACUAGACGAGCACAGUAAUUUAACACGAAAGAGUGAAGACAUAACUAGCCAGCUCGAUUCUGCAAUGCAAAAACUUCCCAAGAUUCCCUUAUUAGAAAGCGAAAUUUCGAAAUUGAAGCAAGAUUUCGCGAAUACAGUUAAAGAACUUGAGGGGGAGAAACAAAAGGCUAUUUUAGCUAGUCAGGAUAAUGAGCAAUUACGUUCAUUAAAGAGAGAACUCCAGAAUAAACGACAAUUGGAAUUGAACUGUCAGAAGCUUUCAGAAGAGGUUAAAAGUACUCGAAGUUUGCGAUCAGAAGUCACCUUACUGAGAAAUAAAGCAUCUGACGUGGAGUACUCUAAAAACAAACUGACAGAAUCAGAAUUAAAACUGAAGGAAGUCAGAAAAGAGCUGAAUUCCGCCAUAGAACUGAACAAAAGGAAAGAAGUUGAGCUCCAUCGGCUAAAGGAACACAAGCCAGCGGAGAAGGAGAACAAGUCCCCAGCAACUAUAAAGAACACACUCCCUGAGAGAAAAACGAUUUUUGACUUACAACAACGAAAUGCCAAUCAGACUCUUUUUGAAAAUUUGAAAAGAGAUUAUGAUAGGCUUAACCUUGAGAAACAGUAUCUUGAGAAACAAGUGCAAGAGAACAAAAACCCUGGAGUGACACCACAAGCCACCGGCGGAUCUUUGGAGCGGGUUGCCUUUUCUCAUGCGGUAGAAGUGAAAGCCCUUAAAGACCAAAUUAAUAGUGAGAAGUCCAAGAUUUUAACUACACAAUACCAGUUUGAAAAACGAGAAAAAGAGUUACAAAAAUCGAUUUCCGACAUGGAAAGGCAGAACCGGUAUUCACUAAUUGACGUUCGGGCACUCCGAGACAGAAUUGCUAGUCUUGAAGAAGAGUUGGCGGCAUCUUCACGAGCAUGA